AAUUUCCCAAUAUUUGCGGGGGGCAGGAUUUAAUUCAAUUUCACUCUGGUUUUAGAGAUGUAAAUGGCACUGAUUCCCACAUGAAAGCGAUUGUUUCUUUGCCAUAUAUGUUUUACUGCCCUUACCAUCACUGUAAUAUCUGAGCACCUUCCAGUACUUAUGUGUGGUUCUUUCAUCCUGGCCCCAGGGGGAGAAUUGCAUGCACAGUGCAGUGAUUUGUUUUCAUAGGGUUGCUGGGGUUUUUUAAGUGUCUAUGCUGCUUUGUGUGAAGAGAAGUUAGGCUAAAGAAAUGUGCCUGGCACUUGGGAGUGGAUGGUGGUGAAGUUUAUGUUGGUCCUUAGUUCCUGUGGCAGUUUGUUCCACGGUCAGUGUUGGGGUCUGGACCCUAAGAAAGCACAGACAUGCCUUUUACCCAUAUGGUAAAAAGUUCCUUUGUACCUGAGGAGCAGCAUUGUUUUCCACAAUUUUGCCCCAAAGCUUUAGGUGAUGUUUUAGCUAUGCUGGGCCGAGGCCACUGAGUGGAAUGCCUUUAAAAUAAGAAUUGAAACCUUGAACUUGACUUGAUAAUGUAUGACACCCUAAUAGCAUAUUUGUGAAUGGCUACAAUACAGAAAUUCAGAACAGCCAAGAAACAAGAUACUUGUGGGUGGGCUACCUUAUUUCCCAGAGAGAUAAAAACACAUCAGCAAUCUCUAGUUAUGGUGAAGAGAAUAAUGGCUGUUGCAGUAUCAGGUAUUACUUACUUACGUGGAAUUUUCCCUGAAGAUGCAUACAGCACCCAUUAUUUAGAAGAUCUGUGUGUUAAAGUUUUGCGAGAAGACAGCAUCUAUCCAAGAGUAUCCAAAAUUGUUAAAUGGAUGAAAGGAUGCUUUGAGGCACUAGAAAAAAAAUAUCUGCAAAUGAUGAUUCUCGGAGUACAGAAGGACACAGCUAACCCAAAUAACUUGAUAGAAUCUUAUCAAUUUAAAUUCAGAUAUACAUCAAAGGGACCACAGAUGGAUGUAUUCAGCAAUAAGAAAACUAAUUUAACAAAUGAUGCAACAGAAGACAUAAAGAGGACCUGUCUUCUUCUAAUUAAUAACCUCUAUUUUCUGAUGGAAAAUAUUGUUUCCCUUCCUAAUGAUGUCUCUCUCACUAUGAAGCUAUUUUAUUAUGCAGAUGGUGUGUGUUUGUUUUUAAUAGUGACCCCUCCAGAAUACCAGCCUCCUGGCUUUAAAGAGGGAGAGUCAGAGUUUAUCUUAUUCGAAGGCAUUCCUGUGCAUGUGAAGGUGGGAGAAAUAGAAACAUCUUUCCAUAUGUUAAAGCUGAAGAUUCUUAAAAGAGAGGAGAGGAUAGAUUCAAUGGAUAUACAUGGUAUCCUGAAAGAAUGUAGAGAAGAUGCAGAAAGAGAAAAGGAACAGAGGCGGGACACUUUAGGAGAAUACAUUAAUACAGAAUAUGAACCACCAGGAUCUGAAGAGGAAUUUAUUGAUAAAUACCACAAGGUCAAUGAUGAAGCUACAAGAAAGAGGAAGCUAUCAAAGAAGAAAAAGAAGAAUAAAUAAGGAAUGUAUGCAUGUGCAAGUACUUUGAAUUCAGCUAAGCCCACAAGAAGUAUUUUCGUUGCUUGAAAUAUACUGAAGAGAUUUUUAUUUUCAAACUGAAGAAGGAAUUUAGUUCAAGCAGCUGUUUUUAAAUCUUUUCAGUCUCCAAUUCUAAUAUACUCAGACUGUUUUUAAAGGGAAAAAGUAACUUAUUUUACUGAACAUUUAUAAAUAAAAGGUGUUAUGAAAAAA